AUGGCUGAAUACGAGCGUCGAAACCAGGGCCGCGGUGACCGAGGUGACCGCGGUGGGCGCAAGCGCCGCUACAGAGAUGACGAUGAUUUCGAUCGCCGCCCUCAAAGACGCCGAUAUGAGGAGCCAUUGUUCGCUGUCAUUCGUCGGCAGCUGUUGACAAUCGCCGAAUCGGCUGCUCGCAGGGUUGAAGAUGAUAUCCAGGGCAUCGCGAAGUCAGUGGCGGACAACUUUGAGGAUGAAGAAAUCCGCCGCGACUUUGUCAACAUCUCCCUUGAUCUAGUUCACGAACAACCCAUGAAGAUCCCCUUUAUCGCCGGUACUGUUCUCGUCGCACACAGCUUGAAGCCUGAGCUUGGAACGGAAAUUAUUGUCAAGGCAGCUGGCGCUUUGCAGCGAUACAUUGACACUGGCGCAUGGCGGGAAGUGAAGCUCUUGAUUCGUUUCUUGGGAAUUCUUCAGCCACUUUAUGAGGGCGAGGGUAUUUUCCCACUUUUGGAGGAGCUGUUUGCCCGUGCAGUUGACCUGCAGACGGCCUCGUCCGAGGAUCUUCUUGGCCUCGAGCUCGUGAAGAUUAUCCAAUUCACCCUUCCCUAUGUGAUGCUGUCUCCUGCCUCCGGAUUUGAGGCGCAGGCGAACGGCCUCCUCGAGAAGACCGACAUCAUUGCGACCACACCACAUGCCCUCGUCGAUUUGGUAAAUACCUUCAGCCCAGAGGAGAACCAGUCCGCAGCUGGACAGAGCGUCAUCAGCUUGAUGCAGAACCAGCUUCAAAAAGAGGCUAGCAAUGGCUGGGAGCUCAAGUGCCUUCCUCGUCCCUGGAAGGAUCUUCGGGACUCCGAGACGGAUGAGCCGAAGUCAUUCGACUCGGUAGCCAAGGUCGCUUUCCCUGAGGUGACGGUGCCUAACCCCGUUCCGAACGGUCCACGUGCUCUCUUCCCGGAGGUGUAUCUCUCGGUCUACGCCGACCAAGAGGUCGAUACCGUUCCUUCCACUGAUGACAUCUCCUCGUCCCUCAUCCGAGACGCCUUGGUUGAUACUAUCAACCUGCUUGACUUCAACCGUGUGGCCACGGCCAAGUUCUUGAUUGAUAUCGACUGCUAUUUCACCCCUUACACAUUCGUGAAGCGCGCUACGCCAUUCGACCGCAUGCGCGAUCUGGCUGGUGAAAUUCAGCCCUGGAAGCCGGAGGAUGUGGCGGUCGAUGCCGUGUUCUCGCAGCUUUUCCAGCUGCCCGCGGCAGAGCACAAGCUUGUUUACUACCACUCUGUUCUCACCGAGUGCUGUAAAAUCGCCCCAGCGGCAAUUGCACCCAGUCUCGGUCGUGCCAUUCGCUUCUUGUAUAACAACCUCGAGACUAUGGAUUUGGAACUCAGUAACCGAUUCCUGGACUGGUUCGCUCAUCAUCUGAGCAACUUUGGCUUCACCUGGAAGUGGAGCGAAUGGGCUGAGGAUCUGGAUCUCGCCGCUAUCCACCCUAAGCUCUCGUUUAUUAACGGUGCUUUGGAUAAGGAGAUCCGUUUGAGUUUCGCUCAGCGUAUCAAGGGUACUCUCCCGGAACCGUACCCUAAGUUGAUCACUCCGGGCAAAGAAAAGGAUACCCCGGAGUUCAAGUAUGCGUCUGACAUGGCUCCCUACGCUAAAGAGGGCCAGGAACUCAUGCAACUGAUUCGGAAGAAGGCUACCGAUGAAGAGAUCCAGCCGGUUAUCUCAGCCAUCGAGGACCAAGCCAAGAGCCAAGGUGUCGAGGACCCCAAGAUUCCUUCUACAGAUGCAUUCGUCACCUCGCUCUGCUACGUUGGCUCCAAAUCCCUCUCACACGUUCUUUCCUGCAUCGAGCGCAGCAAGGACCGUCUUCUGGCCAUCGGUGCCGACUCCAAGCAUGCCCGUACCCAGAUUAUCACUUCCGUCAUGGACUACUGGGCCGAUCAGCCCGGCAUUGCUAUCAACAUCAUUGACAAGCUGCUCAACUACACCAUUCUCAGCCCCCUCUCCGUCCUCGAAUGGGCCCUUGUCGAAUCCGUCGCCGCGGGCACCAUUCUCUCCAAGCCUCACGUCUUUGAGAUGAUCUCCGCCACCGUCGGUAAGGUCACCAACCGCAUGCGCCAGAUCGUUGCUGCCCGCACCCAACCCGGUCUCUACGAGCCCCAGCUUACGGUCAUCGAUGAGACCCUGUCCCGCGAACGCGAGGACAUGCAAACCCUCUUCAAGUAUAUUGAGGACUCGAUUGUUUCCAUCGCCGCGGGAAGCAAUGACGAACAAAUGGAACGCGGUGAUGGCUCAGGUGAUCUGCCCGAGGAUGCUAUCAUCCGUCAAUGGGGCCGCCGCUGGCUCCGUGUAUUCCGUCGCAAGCUAGCUGUUGAGGAGGCCUUCAUCUCCGAUGCACUGGCCACUGCCACUCCUCUCGGAACAGAGGCACCUGCUGCUGAAGCCCGGGACGGUGAUUUGGACAUUGCGGACGCGGACGCGGAUGCCAAUGUGCAAUAG